UGAUAAGUAGAUAGAAUGAUGAAUACAUAGAAAAUGAACAAGUAACGACAAUAUUCUAGUCGAAACUCGAAAUAUUACAAUAACUACAGAGAUAUUAGUGUAGUAAACAUUUAUGCUUUAUUUUAAAAACUUAUAGUUUGAUUGAAACUUUGAUCAUCACGAACAUGUCCCAACUGGACGUGAACAAAAACAGACAGAAAAUAUUGGAUACUUGGAAAGAUGUGGUAGAUGACAAGACACCGACUAAUUGGGCCUUGUACGGCUAUGAGGGUCCAACAAACGUACUCAAGUUUAUCAGCCAAGGAGAAGGAGGAAUUGAAGAAAUGAAAGAAGACUUAAAUAGCGCUAAAAUAAUGUAUGCUUUCUGUCGAGUUUUGGACCCAAAAACUAGCCUUUAUAAAUGUGUUUUAAUAAAUUGGCAAGGAGAAGGAGCGCCUAUUGUCAGAAAAGGAACUUGUGCUAAUCAUAUUCGCGAUGUAUCCAACAUUUUAAAAGGAGCGCAUGUAACUAUAAACGCACGUAAUGAUGAUGAAGUAGACACAGAUAUAAUACUUUCUAAAGUUUCCAAGUCAUCAGGAUCAGUAUACUCAUUUAAAGAAAGACUUGACCAAUCGCAGCCACAAGAGAAAAUUGGUACUACUUAUAAAAGAAUUCAGCCUAAUUUAGAAAUAAAUUCUUCAGAAAGGGAUAAGUUUUGGGCAGCUGAAGAAGAAAAAGAGAAAUUAAGACAAGAAGAAGAACGAAAAAAAAAAGAACAAGAGCAGAAAAAUAUAGAGGAUGAAAGACUAUUGCGAGAAGAUGCUGAUAGAUUAAGAAGAGAUUCAGUAACAAUUGAAGAAAUUCAAAAAACCGAACCAACACCUACUGUUGUUACAGUAGAAUCAAAAAUACCUAAAGAUGUUGAAAUUGAAUUAGCAAAACCGGGAUUAGUCACCGAAGAAAUUGAAAAUCAAAAUGAACAAAGCAAUGUUGAAGAUGAUUUAGGAAUUAGAGCUGAAGCCUUGUAUGAUUACCAAGCAGCUGAUGAUACAGAAAUUUCAUUUGAUCCUGGUGAUAUAAUUUGUCAUAUUGAUCAAAUUGAUCAAGGUUGGUGGCAGGGUUUAAGUCCUGAUGGUACAUUUGGUCUAUUUCCAGCCAAUUACGUUCAACUUCUUCCUUAAGAUCUAAUUCUCUCAUUUUACCAUAAUAAUUACUAAUUAAUAUUUAUAUCUGCGAUUUUAUUAUUAAUUUAUCUCAAUAGAUAAUCGGU